AUGCUAGAGCACCUUCAGCAACAAAGCCGCCAACAGUUUGAGCUGCAACAGCAGGAAGGAAUGCUACAGCACCUUCAGCAACAAAGCCGCCAACAGUUUGAGCUGCAACAGCAGGAAGGAAUGCUAGAGCACCUUCAGCAACAAAGCCGCCAACAGUUUGAGAUGCAACAGCAGGAAGGAAUGCUAGAGCACCUUCAGCAACAAAGCCGCCAACUGUUUGAGAUGCAACAGCAGGAAGGAAUGCUACAGCACCUUCAGCAACAAAGCCACCAACAGUUUGAGCUGCAGCAGCAGGAAGGAAUGCUAGAGCACCUUCAGCAACAAAGCCGCCAACAGUUUGAGCUGCAACAGCAGGAAGGAAUGCUACAGCACCUUCAGCAACAAAGCCGCCAACAGUUUGAGCUGCAACAGCAGGAAGGAAUGCUAGAGCACCUUCAGCAACAAAGCCGCCAACAGUUUGAGCUGCAACAGCAGGAAUAA